AUGAAGGAAUCCAGGGACUAUAAAAUUGCAAAGCUAACUCAAGAAAUAGAGAAUCUGCAGCAGUAUUUGCUUGAUCAGAACCAAUCUGAACCAGUUCUAAAGAGGGAAAUGCAAAGCAGGUGUAAGGAUUUUCAGAAAGCUUUAUGUAAAACAGAUAAAGAACUUCGUCAACUGAAGGAAGAUACUCAAAAGACUGAAGUAGAACUUACCAAGGCAAAAACUAGGUUUAAUGCCUUUGUUAAAUAUAUGAAGAAAAACAUGAAACAAGCAUUGUAUGCUAAGAAAAAACUUACUGAAUUUAAAAAAGAGACAACAAUUUCUCUUGGCAAUUCUGAAAAUAGCAAUUCUGAGUAUUUGAAGGAUUGGAUUCUAAAGGAGAUUGAACAAGCUGUGUGUGAGAAAAUUGCUCAUCAUAAGAUGGAAGCUGCACAAGAAGAAAUUUUCAAUAUAAGGAAUGAAAUCCACAAACAUAAUGAUGAAGUGGAGAUUUAUAGUUUGAAAAAACAACUUGAAUUUCAGCAAGAAAAAUUAGCAGCACUGGAAGGAUUGCCUGGAACUGAAUCAAAAGUGGAAAUGCUUUUCGAUAUGUUAAAUAACAAAGAAGAUUUGAAGAUUGCUUUAUCAAGUAUAUUUGACAUGCUGAUUGCAAAGGAAGCUGAAUUUGUCUUCAAUGCUGAGACAUCACAAGAAGUGUUUUUCAAACAACAGGAAAAAGAAAACAUGAUUAUGAAACAAAAUGUUAAAAAAGAUUUAGAGGACUACGAUCUAGAAAAGAAAGGUCUUCAAACAUGUAUUGCUCAACUCGAACGUACUAUUAAGCUUCAGAAUGAGAAAAUUAAAGUACUGAAACGUGCUCUGGAUGCUGAGAUUGAAGAAAAAACAAGAGCUAGAAGAGAACGAGAGUCUUCAAGCAGUAUGUUGGGUGAAUAUCUUGCGGAAUUAGAAGAUGAGAAAGAGAGUAUCAGCAGUAUUAGUUCUUCAAAUUCUGAUGAUCACACUCAGAAGUCUCCUAAAUUUAACCAAUCUCCCUUCAGAACCAGGAAAAGGUCUCUUGAUAUGAAAAAACGAUCUCCCAGUUUAACUUCUGAAGGAGUGCCUCCGAAGCUAAUUGCAUUAUCAUGCAGUGUUCCUGCUAAGACUCUUAAUAGAACAACAGAUUGUAGUUCUAUAAGGCAUAAUGAGAAUUAAAGUGAUUUCUCUUUUGUAAGAACUUUUAUAUCAACAGCAGUUGAAGUGUAUUACUUGGAGAUUUUACUAUGAGCUGGUGAAUGUUUUAUGUUUUUAUCAAGGUCUUUAUUCUUUGAAAGAAAGUGCAAUUAAUUUAUUUUCCCCCAGGAUUGAUUGAAG